CCGUUUCACUGGACGUUUCACGGUGACAGUUUAGGUGUAAUCGGUUCACUAUUGCCUGUGAGUUUCACUGAGGUAGUUUAUCUGCAACUUUUACAUUCACUGUAAGCUUCACUGCUACUUCCUCUCAAACUUCACAUUUCACUGCAAGAGGUUCCACUGCAAAUUUCUCUACAACACUUUAAAUGCAACAAUUUCAUUGCAACAAAAAUGUAAGUGCAUCAUUUUCACUCGGAUGUCUCACAUCGAUAUUCCAUCGGCGUUCUCAAGUAGAACUAUCUCUCUGGUAGUCUGUGUUGAGACUCCACAGGCUUCUGUUAUUAAUGCUCCCUCAAUCGUGUUCCCGGGAUACAGGUAGGAUGCGGAUAAACCUUAAAACCAACCAAUGUACAGAGUGGAGAUCUCGUGGAGCUGGGGAGCAGCAGUCAGCGUUUGUGUGUGUUUGUCGGUGGGGGUGGGGUCGCUGGAUCCGUACAGAGGGGGAGCACGUGUCCGGUGGGGUGUUGAAGUCCGCAGUAAUGGGGCUGUAGGUGGAUCCACUUAAUGUUUGCUCUGUUACAGCGAUCAGCUCAGUGCAUCGGGCGGGAGGCUGCGAAGCGCACGGAUUGUGAGAGCCCGGUGCCCGGGGAGUGAGGCGGGGAGCGGGAUGAGCAGCUCGCUGUCACGGCGAUGACUUGCUCGGGCUGCCUCUGCCUUCUGCUCCUGGCUGUGGGAGACGCUGACAAACGCUGUAUCUCGCCGGCUCUCUGCCCACACCUGAACCAGGGAUCCCGGCGCCGGAGUGACAUCGUGUGAGGAUGCGGCUCGCUGCCGCCCGCUGGCCUCGCCUCCGCGGCCGUCUGCUGCUCUGCUUCGCCUUGGUUCUCCUGUCCCAGCUCGCCGUCUCCCCGUCUCUGCUGACAGGUUCCGUGGCCGGCUGUGAGGAGGAAGGAGCGGUGAUAGAGAUCCCGCUGAUCACAGACAACCCCUGCAUCUCCUGUCGGUGUCUGAACAAAGAGGUGCGAUGUACCAGAGAGAAGUGUCCUGCACUGCCCAAACACUGUGCCCUCGUCAUCAAACAGACUGGAGCCUGCUGUGAAAAGUGUAAAGAGUGUGUGUUGGACGGGAAGGUGUACAACAGCUCUGAACACUGGCUCGUCCCUUCCAAACCCUGCUUGUCCCGGACCUGUCAGGAAGGUGUUGUUACUGAGUCAGAGGUUCUGUGUGUGAUCCACUGCAAACACCCCAUCCAGUCACAGCACAGUUGCUGCCCAGUGUGUCCGGGCUGUGAGUUUGGUGGACAUCACUACCGGGAAGGGGAACAUUUCUAUCCAGAUGGCGACCGUUGUAUCAAAUGUUCCUGCACGGCUGGUGCGCUGCAGUGUGUCCGUGAACUCUGUCCCGUCCUCUCCUGCCCACGUCACCUCAGCCGAGUGCCGACUGGGAAAUGUUGCCCCAGAUGUUUUGGUCAGAGACGAGUGUUUGACCUGAGAGCCAGGAGCUGCUUGUUUCACAGUAAGGUCUACGAGCACGGAGCCUCGAUUGCCUACGAUAACUGCACCUCGUGUGUGUGCAGGGAUUCCAGUGUGAUCUGCAGGAAGCAAUGUUCUCCCCCUGGGUCGUGCUGGGAUCGGGAGCAGUGCUGUGAGGAAUGUCUGUCCUACAUUUCCGCUGAGGAGUUCAAGGUUUGUCGAGUUGGAAACAGGGUCUACAAGGAUGGAGAGAUGUGGUCAGCAGUUAACUGCUCGCUCUGUGUCUGUAAGAAGGGAGUGACGGAAUGUCGGAGGAAGGAGUGUCCCCCAGUCAAGAGUUGUCCGAUGGGAAAGACCAUCAACAGGAAUGGGUGCUGUGCAAUCUGUACCGAAAAGCCCGGGGUCUGUACAGUGUUCGGGGACCCCCAUUACAACACCUUUGAUGGACGGGCCUUUAACUUCCAAGGGACGUGCCAGUAUGUGCUGGUGAAGGACUGCUCACGUGCCGCCAGCUUCCAGGUGCUGGUGGAGAACGAUGCUCGGCGGACACAGGCCUACUCAUGGACCAAGUCCAUCGAGGUGGUGCUGAGCACGGGGACCAUCAGCCUACUUCAGCACCUGACCGUGAAGAAGGACGGGGUGAAGAUCGCACUGCCCCACCAUGACCCCCACUUCUCCAUCCAGCUGGAGGGGUACCUGCUGAAAGUAACGACAGCGGCAGGUAUCGAGAUCUCAUGGGACGGAGACAGUUUUGUUGAGGUUAUGGCAGCUCCUUCACUGAAGGGCAAACUCUGCGGUCUGUGUGGGAACUACAACGCUCACAAACGGGACGACCUGAUUGGCGGAGACGGCAGUUUCAAGUUUGACGUGGAUGCCUUUGCCGAGUCGUGGCGUGUGGAGAGGAACAAAGUGUGUAAACAGGCCCAGCGAAGGCUCUGGCCUCACGUCUGUUCCGGGACCGUGAAGGUCAAGUUCCGGGCUCACCGGGAGUGUCAGAGACUCAAAUCCUGGCCCUUCAAGAACUGUCACUCCAAGGUUGAUUAUGUCUUGUUCUACAGAUCCUGUGUCACCGACAUGUGUGAGUGCCCAAUUCACAAGAAUUGUUACUGUGAGUCUCUGAUCGCCUACACACGGGCCUGUCAGAGGGAGGGUGUGCGUGUGCACUGGAAGCCAGAGAUGAGCUGCCUGGCGACUCAGUGUAAGCACGGCGCAGUGUACAACACAUGUGGACCAGGCUGCCCCAAGACCUGUGAGAACUGGAAUGAAAUUGGCCCUUGCAAUAAGCCAUGCGUGGCAGGCUGCCACUGCCCUGCUAACCUGGUGCUUCACAGAGGACGGUGCAUCGAGCCAGCCUUGUGUCCCCGGUGACUGGCCCAGGGAUCCACGACAUGAAUGAGGUAAUCAGAAAGCAGGUCUGGGGUGGUUGAAUCACCCACUGCAUCUCCAACAUGGACAAGAAGGAAACAAAGGAGCAUGCUGUUAUCUGGAAUGAGCACACGGAGAGCGCGCCAUUGGACAGAAUAUAUGAAAAAUGUGCCGAGUAUAUAAACAGACUAAAUCCUUAAAUUAAUAUAAAGACAAACCAGUCAAACAAAAUCAUUUAUUUUACUAUUCUACACAUUUCAAUACUUUUAAAAACACAUUGCACCUGUUUCUGUGAGUGUGCUGAAGAGUUCGCUGUUUGAACAGUGAGUGGAUGAAGGGAUGGACUCAGCAGGCUCUCCAGUGUCACCCUUUCCCUUGUCUGCAGGACAAGUUGUUCAACUUCCUCUCCUCGGCCAAGGCAGAAAGGAGCCAGCCUUGGGCCAACUGAAAUGGUUCUCUUGUAAUGUUCCAGGUGGAGACAUGACCAGGAAGUGAGACAUGGAAUAUCAGCUACCCCAGUGUCAUCAACCCCACAGAAUGGCUGCACCUCUGGACCAGGAUUGCUCCCUGACCAGCACCCUUGGGUAUUUCAGAACAAAUAGAUCAACCUUUGCAACUCCACUCAGUCGAUAACAUUCAGCAUCAAACCGAAAGUUGAUGAGGUUGCCUUCACACGCACCAGGAUGACAGCUAUUGUGUUUUAUUCCUUUACACUGGCCUCUGUGCUACUCCUGG